AUGUGGGGCGGUUCUCAAAAGCCACGCGCUCCACCCCAACAGGGUCUGUCGUCCCGUGGUGUCAGCGUUUCUGUUUUUGAGCAGCGCAUGUACAAGAGGAAGCUGGAAGAUGCUCAGUUGGCAGAGCGCCGAGCGGAUGUACAUCAGAAUCGUGUCCAUCAGCAUUUAGCUGAUGCCGCAGAGAGAAGCUCCCGCCUCAUGGAGGCCGCCAUUGUGAAACGUCGAGCUCAGGAACUGAGGCAACAGCAGACAGAACACCUGGCACAAAGACGAAGAGCCCUCAAGGAACUUCUCGAGAAAGAACAACUGCUAUAUCAAGAAGAACUGAAGGCACUGGAGACCACAGCUGAUCAAAGAAAGGAACAGCUUAUGGAACGUGCUCGAGAACUGCGGCAGAAGAGAGAAAAGGAACGGGAAGAACUCGCUGAGAGCCUGCAGUACCGACGAUGGAGGGAAUCGGUAGACGAACUCAGGUCGUCGGAUGCCAAGCUUCACGCCCUGCAGGCAUUAGCUGCCAGGGACGAGCAGAUCUUCCAGAAGGCGCUCGACCGUGACAGGGAGGAACAGCGAGAAAGAAUUUUUGCCGCCUUGUGGCAAGAAGAAUACGAGAAGAAGCUCAAGAGAGAGGAAGCGGAGCAGGAGCGUGUCGUACAGCAGAGACAAGAGACAAGAAUUGCACUGGAGGAACAGGUCAGCGACAAUUCCUUCAGGCAGAGAAAGAUAAAGAUGCUCUUUUGA